AUGGGUGCCAGCUCGAGUUGCUUGAACGGCGAGAUUGAAGGGGCCCUCGUCAUUUGGCAGAUCAACCUGAAAGCUAGCAGAAUCCGUGCGAAAUAUCUUGUCAACCUUACCAAAAACAAGUACCCGAAUGGACCACCUCAUGUCAUUGCCAUUCAAGAUCCUCCAAAGGAACUUCCAUGGAUUUCCACCGGGAACUACAAACCGGUGUACCGAACAGCUCGAACGCUACGCGAGGAAGACCAUCCAUACAUACCGUGUAAGCCAACCAAGAAGGCCAAAUACGAGCAACGACAGCUUGUGGAUCUUGAUCCAGUGGCCUUCUUGGUGUUGGACACGAUUCCUGUCGGACAUUGGCAUCCAACUUUUCACGAGGACCUAGACGCCGACCCCCGGGACUUUCAGGACCGCCUCGACCGCCUCGACCCCCCGAUGCCGCGACACGAAGACGCUUUCGCUGCGACCUUGGCCCUUUCAACCUUGGCUGGUCCCAUAAACAUUCACAACGUUUACAAUCGCCAGACGAAAAUCAAUAUCGACAGGCUUUUGGCCACGUGCACCUUGGGCCAGGACAACCUCCUCCUCGGCGAUUUCAACCUACAUCACCCCCGCUGGUCCCGCAUACCCUUUGUCGGACCUAUAACCUCUGACGCUCGGAGUCUCUUUCACGGGACUGAACAGGCCGGCAUGGAAUGCAUCACUGAGCCUGGCGCCAUGACGUACAGCCGAGGUAGCGACAAGGAAAAACACACCUCUACCAUCGACCUGGCAUUUCUCAGCCAAAGGUUACUGCAUCGUUUUACAGAUUGGAGCAUCUUGGAAGGGGGUAACUUCGAUUCAGAUCAUCGAAUCAUUCAGACCACUCUACUCAUGGAGCCCGAUCGAACGUCCAGCGAUCGCUACCUCUGGGGCAAGGCUGACGUUGCCGGGUUUCGUGCUCAUGUAGAGCGUGAGCUGGCCAACUCGGGCUUGCUGGACACGGCACUUAUGAGCAAACCCGACAUCAAUGCUUAUUUCUCCAAGUUCAACGACAUCAUUCGACUCGCCAUCCCUUUGCAUGUUCCCCUCGCCAAGCAUCCCGUCAUCCGCCGCUCAGCCAAGCCGCCACCUUUGAGGGACAAGCAACAUCCAAAUUUUGAGCAACAGGCUUCGACUCGGCUGGGCACCGAUCUAGAUGCGGAGCACGACUUUGACUCUUUUUGCCGGCGCCUCGAACAGCAAACCAGGACGGAAAAGACGAAAAAGUGGCGGACCAUGCUUUCUGGCGAAGGCGACGACUCCCCAACUAUCCACAAGCGUGCCAAGAUAGGCGCCUUCUUGAGCAAACCUCGCGUCUCCGGUCAGAUACCCUUCCUCGUCGGCUCAGACAAGACCAAGUGCACAAGCCUCGAGGAGAAUGCCCAGUGCCUCCGGAAAUCAGUGUGGCCUAAUACCAGCCAAGGGCCCACAGCACCCCCUCUUCAACUUCCCGACCUCGACCCUCUACAACCCCAGCUCUUUGCCGACCAAGUUGUCUCUGAUGACGAUGUCAAAGCUGUCUUGUCAGGCCUCACCCGCGGUAAGGCUGCCGGGCCAGAUGGAGUUUCGCCAGACGCCCUGAAGAUGCUCUACCACCCUUUUGACGAGCUUCCCGACGAGGCUGUCUACGGCGGAGGCUAUGAAGCUCUCCGAGACAGCGUGAACAGCAUCAUCCAUCCUUACAUCAAACGUGGAGCGCAGGCCUGUCUGUUACACUCGUACCACCCGGACGCUUUCAAACCCUCGAUUACGGUCAUCUUGCCCAAACUCAACAAAGACGACUAUACAAGCCCGAAAGCCUACCGCCCAGUGGCUCUGCUGUCCGUCGUCGGCAAGCUGAUUGAGAGGAUUGUUGCAAACCGUCUCAAGAAACUGGCCUUAGAGCACAGCGACUUGAUACCCUCGACGCAGUUCGGUCUACCCGGCAAGUCCACGACCAAGGCACUGGAGCACCUCGUCAAUUUGGUGCAGCAGUGUUGGUCCCCUGUCGGCCGUGCCAAGUUGAAGGCCACGUUGAUGACGAUCGACAUUACGGGCGCGUACGAUCACGUCAGACGAUUCGAACUGCUAAAGAUCCUUCGCCAGAAGGGCGUUCCCGAUUGGAUUGUGCGGUUUGUCUGGUCGUUCCUCAGUGAUCGCAAGACCGUCCUCAAACUCCCCGGACACACCUCUGAAGAGUUUUGGGUCGAUAUUGGCAUUCCCCAAGGUAGCCCUCUGUCCCCCAUCCUCUUUCUCUUCUUUUCCAGCCCCAUUCUAGAGGCUCUUCAGGUCUCUUGUCCGUUCGCAAGUUUUGCGCUGGCCAUGUCUUACGUUGACGACACCAACAUUCUCGUCACGUCUCCUUCGGAAGCUCGAAACUGUGAAGCAUUGAAGUUCCUCUACGACAACUUGGUGCGCUGGGCAUCGCCCAACGGCAUCUUCUUCGGGCCUCACAAGACAUUCGUCAUGCAUUUCAGGAAAUCCGGUAGUCAUGGGCCGCCAAGCACCGAGCUUCCCGAUAUUCCCGGCCUCUCCAAGAACUGUCUGCAGACAGAGCUUCUUUUGCUCGGGGUUGUUGUGGAUUCGAAACUCACAUGGGCAGCACACAUUGAACAAGUCAUUACCAAAGUCAGGAGGAAGAUGAUCCAUCUUCGCAGAAUAUCUGGAUCGACUUGGGGGCCAUCAUUGCACGAGAUGAAGAAGCUUUACGUCAGCUCGGUUCUUCCCAUCUUCUCAUACGCUUGCCCCGUUUGGUUCGUCGACGGUCGAGGCCAGAAGAUCCGAGGCCAGUUGACAAAGACGUUGGUCCAAUCUCUCGACGCGGAACAGGCGCGGUUUCUGCGAUUCAUUGCAGGUGGAUUCGAGGCCUCUGCCUCGGAAGUUGUCCACAAGGAGCUGCACAUGAUUCAGCUUUCGGUCUAUCUUGAACAACUUGCUCUCAGGCACCGGAUCAACAACCUCUAUUCACCAGAGUAUCGGGACCUCGAGGCAAUGUGGGACAAUGUCUUUACAGACAUUGCAACGGAGCAGGAGUUGGGCGCUCAUCCCUACAAAGCCCUCUACGGCCAGGCGGAAUCCUUGUGGCUCGAGAUGCGCGAGAGGGUUCUGGAUAAGCAGCUUUGCCGAGCGAACUGGAACCCCGAGCAAGCCGUGCAGUCAGAAGCCGAGGGCUGGGCCGAUCCCAAGCGCCGCAAGGCCAUCAUCAAGGCCUACCUGAAGGACAUCUCUAUGGAGAGGAGCAGUCUAGCGUGGGAUCGAUACAGAAACGACCGAAGCGGCAAGGUCCGCAACAUCAACCGCAACACUCCGGCUCUCAAGGAAAACUGGGGCCCAGAGAGUCUCAAGUACUAUCAAGGGCUCACGCGUGCUCAGAGUAGCAUGUUGUUCCAAUGCCGCAGUGGGGUGAUAGGGUUGAACGGCUAUCUCUUUUCGCUUAAGGCGAACUUGGUUGAGACACACCGAUGUCGCUGUGGUCAUCCGAUGCAGACGGCCGGACAUCUCUUUGCCCAUUGCAAACAGCUCACCUUCGAACGCAGUCGCUUGCGUAAGCAUGUCGGCGUAAUCAACUUCGAUUUGCUGGUCACAACCGAGGCCAACGUAGCCACGGCGUGGGCGAUUCGCCAUUUCGACAUCGCUCAGUUCAGGUGGACGGGCAAACACAUGCCGCUUCCCUGCUGA